UUGGCCAAUAGGAGAGGAGAAAACUGUUUCCAUGGUUACGCGGGAUGCACAAGUAACAGUCUUUGCAACAGAACCAUUAAGAUGAGUAGCAGAGAUGUUUGUUCUUUUGUCACAAACCACUGCUCUGAAGACAAAGAAAAGUUGCUGGGACACUCAAAAUGUAAAGUGGUCCAAUAUGAGCGACUACAGGACAUGCUAGAGACCAAACGCCUUUCCUCUCAGCUCUCUCAACAGAAGGUGCAGAAGGUGUUGGAUGCAGCUCAGGUGAAUAAGGAAAGGAGUGUUUUGAGACUGCAUAGACAAGUGUGGUUCCAGGAGCAUCACAGACUCAAUAUAGCCAGGCACAAGACUGAGAAGGACCUUCAGCAUUUUCUUCAUGGAUCUGGAUUCAAAGAAGAAGCAGACACAGAUAUCCUUUUUCAGUUACAAGAAUAUGAAUUGGACCUGAAACAGGAACGUGAGGAGUUUCGAUUGACCACAGUGGAACCCGUUUAUCAGCUAAGAGAUGAUCUGCAGUACAGACUCUCAUCACAAUACUCAAAAGCCAAUCACAUCAGUGAGCUUGAGAAAGUCUUACAGCAGGUUCUGUCUGUCAGACAGCAGCAGGAGGAAGUCAUGGACAGACUGAAAUGUGAAUGUGUGUUUCUACAGCAGGACAUCCGUGUCACUGACCUCAAGGAGAGCCUACUGUCUGCUGCAAUGGAAGAUCAGGUAUCAUAUUUGGAGAAGGUUCCUGAUGAGAUCUUUACUGCAGACUGUCUGUAUCCUGAUCUCAGAUCAGAUCUGAUCCACAGCUUUCACUCUCUCACUGAGAAAUAUAAGCUCAGAAUAGCGAUACAGGAGACCAGACUGCAAGGCCUGGACAGGAAUUGUGGCUGGAAUGCAGCAGAUCACGAGUGUUUCCAGCACAUAAUGAGUCAGUAUUCCCCAAGUCUGAGGAACCAGCGCUCACUUUACAUUGACAUGGUGCAGAGAAUGCUGCCACAUAUAACCAAACAGGAACUGAGUGCACAUGAGCGUCGGAGCGACUGGUAUCAUUUCAGCUUGACACAGAAGAACCUAGUACUACAGGGCUGGCACCGGGAUCGCUCAGAGCUACUCCUGAGGGCUUUGAGCAUGUUGGAGGACUGCAGAAUUUCUCACAUACAGCAGCAGGAACUUCAGAAACAGCGCUCACACCAGCAGAACAUCUGCCUCAAGCUCAAAGCAAAGCUGCAGCAGUGGCGCAUUCAGCAGGAGGAGGCUGCGGAUUUGGAGGCUACUCUUGUUGCUUACGGGUUCAAAGAGGAAGAGGAGAGACUGAGGAAAGAACAGCUAAGAGAAAAGACUAGAAGAUCUCAACUGAAACAGCAGAUAAAUUGGUUCCGUGCAGAGAAACAGAUGAAACAAGAGGAGCAAAGAAAGAAGGAUAUGGAGAGGCUUGCAGAACUGAGAAGAGAGAUAGAAGAACAGGUGCAGAGAGAUAAAGAAAGGGUGAAGUUCAGGAAAGACCAGUUUCAGCAGAAACUGCAGAUGCAUGAAGCUAAAAAAAAACAAAAACAAAAGGACGAUAAAGAGAAAGAGGAGAGACUGCGGGCUUUACGCAACCAGGUCUGUAAAGUAGCUGAGGCCAACCCAGAGAGGAUGAUAGGAAACACAGUGGCGUGGAGAGUACGUCAACAGCCUGAAGAAGUGUUUACAUUACAAAGACCACUGUACCAGCUAAAUACAUACACUGAUAAACAGAUUGUGUCUGAUCCCAGAGUGCGUAUUGAACAAGCGCUCAGAAUCGCAGGUCUCCAUAACACCCCUUAUGCAAGACAGAUUCUAUCUGAGCUCCAACCUCUAAAGCCACCCAGACGAGACAUGGAGUCCGCUGCCUUCAGAUCCUGACCAAUAAUUAUAUGAAUGUAAUCUUCUUUUCACAUAAAUGACCCAGAUAGCAACAUAUUGUCGGCUCAGAUCCGGCCCAUAUCUGGUACAUGUGGAAUGAUGAUCUGGCCCACAUGUAGUGUGGAAUGAUAGCACUUGGGCGGGACCGCUCCUGUUUGCCAGAUCUCGGCCAAAAGCAAACCAUAGCAAUGCUACAUGUCAGCCAAGAGCAAAGAAAUAAACCACAUUUGACCUUUUUUGAGCCACAAAAUCUUCAUAUAUUAUUUAUAGAGUCCUCUCAGCUUGUCUAAGCUUCUUAACAAGUAAAAUCACUGAAGGAAAGAAGAGAACAGAAAAAAAAGAAACAAGAUGAAUUCAGCUGAAGAUAAAAUACAUUAAAUCUCUGAAGAUCUCAGCAGAGGAGGAAUAAACAACUCCACAAACAGCAUUACCAGCUUCACAUAUUACUAACCAGACUGACUUUAUUUCUGUUAGAGGUCUACAGAAGUUCUUAUUGAGAAUUAAGCGGGGUUUAAAUCUAACGUUUGUUUCAUUUGAAGUCACCAUAAUGGCGAUUAGUGUGUUCAUUAAUUGGGCUCUUAACUCUUAUUACAAUUUGUUUAUCUUUGCUGGCUGUUGUGAUGGUGUGUUUAUCAAACACAUUUGCAGUAGCAAAUAAAGACAAAAUGAGAUCAGGUGGUGAUAGUCAGCUUUUGAUUGUUCAUCAUCAGAAUGAAAUGCAUGAUUGACUAAUGUCAUUUGACUCGAACAAUUGUGUUGUGCCAAUAGCACGUUUGCUGUAUAAAACUGCAGCAUAAAAACAACGGUAUUGGAAAACCAGUUUAAGAAAAAAGAACACAAAAAGUUAAACUCCAGUAACACACUAAGUCAUCAUAAAUCAACAAUGAUGACAAUAAAAAGUGUAAUGUUGCAAUGCAUCACAGCAUGAAUAAAUUAUGCAGUUGAAUUGUCCUAUUAUUUUCUUUAAUUCUAACUUUGGUUCAUGUAUUUGUUUUGUAUUUUUUGCUAUUUUUUAUUGUGUCUUUUAGUAGCUUUUUGUGAUGUCCAGAAUUGAUCCGAUUAGCUGAAUAUUUUGUCACCAUUGUUGAGAUUCAUAUGCUGAUUGCUGAUGUUUGUGUGUGCCAGCGCUGUUCAUUUCUCUUUAUAUAUUCAAACUGAUGUUGCAACUCACAUUGUAGUAACACAGGGUUUGUAAUGUGAACGUAUUAAAUUACACAGCUUCGAGAUUUCAAAUGAAUCAGGCCAUUACAUGAUAAUUGUGAAACUAUCAACAGCAAGCUAUCAUGUACUGCAAAUCAGUCAAGCACACUGCCAAAGAAGACAAAUGAUUAAUAGUAGGAGUUAAGAGCCCAGAUAAUGGAAGCACCAAUCACCCUUAUGGUGACUUAAAAUGAAACAAACAGAUUUAAACCCCUGCUAAUUCUCAAUAAGAACUUCUGUAGACAUCUGACAGAAACAAAGUCAGUCUAGUUUGUAAUAAGUGAAGCUGGUAAUGCUGUUUGAGGAAUUGUUUAAUCCUCCUCUGCUGAGAUCGUCAGAGAUUUAAUGUCUUUUUUCUUCAGUUGAAUUCAUCUAAGGCUGUAGUUUAAGUCCGUUGUAGUUCUUGAGUUUCUGUAUGUCUUUUUUUUCUGUUCUCUUCUUUCCUUCAGUGAUUUUGCUUGUUAACAAGCUUAGACAAGCUGAAAGAUCUCUGUAAAUAAUAUAUGAAGAUUUUGUGGCUCAGAAAAGGUCCAGUGUGGUUUAUUUCUUUGCUCUUGGCUGACAUGUGGCAUUGCUAUGGCUUGCUUUUGGCCCAGAUCUGGCAAACAGGAGCAGUCCACCCAAGUGCCAUCAUUCCACGCCACAUGUGGGCCAGAUCAUCAUUCCACAUGUGCCAGAUGUGGGCCGGAUCUGGGCCGACAAUAUGUUGCAAUAUGUCGCGGGGAGUCAUGCUUUGUCCUCCUGAGGUCUGCUGUCUACAUAUUUUUUAACCAUACUCCCUUGGAUACUUUAUUCAAUAUUUGGUGGGUGGAUUGAUUGAUUGAUACGUCAAAGUCUUCAUCUCAGAAGAUCAAGGAAUAUUUCAUUCCUCAUGAUAUGACCAGCAUGCUUAUGGAAAAGAGACAACCAUUUUGGGCUUAUAUUUUUGGCUUUUUUAUAGGAUAGUAGAUGGCAGACAGGAAAGUGCUUUAGUGCUUUUUGAGUGUUAUUGACAGGCGUCAUAUUUUAGAUACGUUAAAAAUAAUUUUGUGGUAAGAAGUGAGACUAUGACCCACAACACUGUUAUAAAAAGCUGCAUGAGGUUUAUAAACUUCAGUAAAAUAUUCUAAGCCAUCAGAAACCUCUUGAGACACAGAAUCCAGCAUUUCCAAAAUAAUCUUUGAGUUUGUUAUACUGUAUAAAUAGUAUCACGUGUUAAUUAAAGUACAAACCCACAUGACUCAUUUCAUUAACUUAACAUAUACCAUUAUUUAGAUUAGUUUAUUUCUACUUAAACACCAAAGAUACCCUCAACAAUAUGUUACUACAAAAAUAAUG